GCAAAAAGCACCGACAAUUCUCUAAUUUUAGGCAAAUUACAUAUGAUUACAUUCCCAUUCUUUGAAAGCUGCUUCAAUUUUCCACUCCUGAAGCAGAACAAAAGCAUGCUUGGAACAAUCUCUGCACCAACGUGGUUUGCCACCUGCAAUCCAAAUCACAGAAUUAGUUUUCCAGGAAAAUCUCCAAAUCCAGCUAUAUCAUUCCGCAAAGCCCACUCUUUCUUGCUCUUAUCCUUAUAUUGUCCCCAAAGGGAUUAUGUUGCUCGUACCCAUUUCUACUUGAAAGCUUCUUCUUCAUCUUCUUCAGUUGGAAGCGCGGAGUACGCGGAGGAACCCGCAACCAGUGUUAAAUUUCAGACAUCUUUACGUUUGCCUGGUUGCUCAAGUUCACUAUCACUACUUGGAACUGGAUACAGAGAAAAGGUUUUUGCAAUCAUUGGUGUUAAGGUCUAUGCAGCAGGAUUAUAUGUUAAUCAGUCUGUCUUAAACACAUUGAAUGCCUGGAAAGGGCUAUCAGCUGGUGAGAUUCAGGAUAAUCCUGAUUUGUUCAGCUCAAUUUUUCAAGCCACUUUGGAAAAAUCACUGCAAAUAAUACUGGUGAGAGAUGUUGAUGGUAAAACGUUUUGGGAUGCCUUGGAUAAUGCCAUCUCCCCAAGAAUCAAAGCGCCCACUUCAGUUGACGAAUCUGCUUUGUCCACAUUUCGAAGUAUCUUCCAAGGUCGACCUCUUAAGAAAGGGACAUUCAUAUUUUUGACAUGGUUGGAUCCCUUAAAAAUGCUAAUUUCUGUCUCAUCAAAUGGGAUACCAUCUGGUGUGGAUGCUACAAUUGAGUCAGCAAAUGUCACUUCUGCUCUUUUUGAUGUGUUUUUGGGAGAUGCUCCAGUUUCUCCUUCCUUGAAAGCUUCGGUCGCCAAUGGGUUGGCAACAAUUCUGAAGUGAAUGCUAUUAGUCUCUUAUAGUUCAUCUUAUAUAAACAGUGGAUUUAGUUUAUUCAAGCUGUGUAACUUCAAUGGCUGAGUUUAAUUUCUUGAUUACUCAGAUUUCUGAUCAAUCUUGUAGUUCCGCAAUCAGUAGUUGAAACCUAGAUUACUUUGUAAUGCUAGUAUAAUCUGUAUAUGGCCUC